AUGGGCAGCACAAAAAUCAGAGACUAUGACACCAUUACAUCUUUCCUUGGACCUUGGGGAGUCUUUCAGAUAAGGAUUUUUUUAUCACUAGCCAUAAGCAUCGUCCCAAACGGAUUAAUUGGCGGCUACAUAGUGUUCUUAGGUGAUACCCCGCCUCAUGAAUGCUACGUCCCCGAAAACUACAGCAUCAGUGAGAUCUGGAGAAAUGUUACAAUCCCAUUGGAAACGGUUGAUGACGUCACAAAGCGCAGCUCUUGCUCACGGCUUAGCUUGGAAACUGUCAGGCAAUACUCUGAAAAAGGACUCAUCCCAAAUGUGGACGUGAACGUGAGUGAAAUUCCCAGGGAGACUUGUCUAGAUGGGUGGACUUACAGUCAAAAAGUCUACCAGUCAACUAUUGUUACACAGUGGGACUUGGUAUGCGGGAAUGCAUACAAACUUCCAUUGGCCACCUCUAUUCAAUAUGUUGGCGUUCUGGUGGGAGCUUUGAUCUCAGGUCUAAUGUCUGACAGGUAUGGAAGGAGGCCAGCGCUCUUCCUCAUGAUGGCUCUCCAGACUGUUGCAGUCACAGCACAGAUAUUUUCACCUAGCUGGGAGAUCUUUACCCUUAUUUACUUCUUUGUGGGUGCUGGGGCUUUCUCCAACUAUACCAUUGCAUUUGUGCUGGGUGCCGAAAUUCUAAGCCCAAACAGCAGAGUGGUCUUCUGCUCCCUUGGAGUUUUCAUGGGCUCAGCUGUGGGGUACAUGGCAAUGCCUGCAGUGGCGUACUUCCUCCGUGAUUGGUGGUCGCUGCUGAUUCCCAUGGCUGCCUGCAGCUUGAUCUAUGUCCCUCUGUGGUGGAUCCUCCCAGAGUCUCCUCGCUGGCUGCUCUCUCAGGGAAGAGUGAAGGAGGCUGAGGCCAUUCUGCUCAGUUUUGCCAAAAUGAAUAAAGUAGAGGCCCCAGAGUCUAUUUUUACACAAGCUGAGCUUGAAGAUCUGUUGGCACGGAAAGACCAGAAAUACAAUAGUUUGGCCAUUCUGAAAGACUGCAACAUUUUCAGCCUUACAGUAAUUUGUUCACUUCUGUGGAUCAUCAUCAACAUCAGUUACUUCGGUUUAGUCCUCAACACGUCAAACCUGUAUGGAGACCCAUACCUAAACUGCUUCUUGUCUGCUGUAAUUGAGGUUCCAGCUUACAUAAUAGCCUUGUUAUUGCUCCAGCACUGCUCCAGGCACUUCUGCCAGUCUUCCACACUCUUCCUUGCUGGCGUUAUGAUCCUCUGUGCUCGCCUCAUUCCAAUAGGCAUACCAGCUGUGGGUGUGUUUCUUGAGCUGGUGGGAAAGUUUGGCAUCACAUCAGCAUUCUGUGUGGUGUACGCCGUCACAUCGGAGCUCUUCCCCACUGUUAUCAGAAAUACAGCGAUGGGGUGUUGCUCCAUGGCUGCACGAAUCGGCACCAUCAUCGCCCCCUUCAUCAUUUAUCUGGGUAACUAUGUCAGGGCACUCCCAUACAUUGUGAUGGGAGUUCUUGCCCUCUUUGGUGCCGGUUUAUGCUAUUUGCUGCCGGAAACAUACAGGAAAGCACUGCCAGAGACAAUUUCACAAAUGCAGCAGAUAUGCGGGCGAAGAGGAAAAAAGGAAAAGGAAGCUGAAUUAGAAGCGAGCACGUCUGAUUGUUAUGCUAAAGAAUCUAAGUUAUAGGAAGUUAUGGCUUCUGUUGGUGUGUUUGUAUUGUUUUUUGUUAUUGUUGUUGUUAUUGUAGAACACUAAAGAAGGAGCAGCGACUAUCUCAAACUAUAAUGACACAACAAGUUAUAUAUUUUCGGACUUUUAUCUGUUGUAUAUAUCUGUUUUAUGUUUCUUUGAAAUUUGAUUUAAAAAUACUUAAAAUACAUACAUAUAUCCACUGUAACAAGAAA